CUUUAAUAACAGUCAAUACACACUAGGUUGCACACAUACAAAACUGCUUGCUCGGUCUGUCCAACCCCUUUUCCCUUCCUCGCGAUUCGCCACAAGUAAGAUUAUGGACACGCUUACAAGGGCCCUCAAGGAACAAACGAACCUGGCGCACAGCCCAGAUACGCGCGCAACGGACCCCCCCAUGAAAGCGGCGAGCACCACCGCAGCUACCAAGGGGACUACCAAGGAGGGCGCUACAGCGCUGAUGGCUGACACGCGGCAAACAAAGCUGGCGGUCAGCGGCUGGGAACUCGAGGGCAUCAGCAUCUCUGGCCAGGAGACAAGCAUCAUUGUGCCUCGCGCCAAAGUGACCUUCGACAUCGGGCGGUGUCCCCAGCGCGCCUGCUUCCAGCAGACCGUGCUGCUCAGCCACACACACCUGGACCAUGUCGGAGGCCUCCCGUUCCAUGUAUGCACGCGCAAUAUGCUGCAGCUGCCCCCUAGCAAGGUGGUGGUGCCUCAGGGCUUCUCGGCCGGCGUACGGAAGCUGAUGGACGCGGUGCUGGAGCUGCAGUCCAGUCCGCCCAUCGACUACGAGGUCCUCGAGCUGGAGGCGGGCCAGGACUUCGAGCUCCCCAGCGGCUUCCUGUGCCGCACCUUCCCCACCACACACGCCAUUCCGUCGCAGGGCUACGUCCUGUACAGCCAGCGCAAGAAGCUCAAGGCUGAGCUGCAAGGCAAGAGCCAGGCUGAGAUUAAGGAGCUCCGGUUUUCGGGCGUCGACGUGAGCGAGACCCACCAGGUGCCCGAGAUCGCCUUCACCGGCGACACCACCAGCGCCUUCCUGGACGCCGAGACCAACGCCACCUUGGAGGACGCGCUGAAGGCCAAGGUGCUGUGCAUCGAGAUGACCUUCAUUUCAGAGGACGUUACGGUGGAGGAGGCGCGCGGCAAGGGCCACAUGCACAUCACGGAUUUCGUGGCGCACGCACACCGCUUCCAGAAUGAGACCAUCGUGCUGAUCCACUUCUCGCCCCGCUACAAGCGUUCCGAGAUCCUUCACCAGCUCGACAUAAUGCUGCCGCCCGCCCUCCGCGCCAAGUGUGUGCCGUUGCUCAACGGCAUUGAGUGAGCUGGCCGCUCACGGACUUGCAGGAUGCGGUCUCACGAUGUAAUGACAGGCUUGUCGCGUAGCCAGUGGCCUCGAAACCGUAAUGUGAAGACUCUGUCAGCAAGGGUGCCAGGCCCCCUACCUGCCAAGCGCUUGGAAGCUCGAAAUGGAACAUGCAAAGGUGCCACAUACCUCGUACAUGGCAUGCAUUUUGUACACAUGCAGAGGACUUGGUUGGCAGUAGGAGUUGUUCGGAGUUGGGACAGGUGCAGAGGACUUGGCUGGCAGUAGGAGUUCUUAGACAGGUGUGUAGCGCUCGUCGUGUUGUAUCGCAUGCUGGCGGUCGUAUGUAGGUUGAGGUGUACAGCUGUAGUGCGUGUUGCUACGCAGUCUAUGAUAUGCGCAAAAACAAAGCUGCUCUUGUGGUAGGCGCUCCCCCGCUGCACAUGUCAUGUCAAGGUUGUGCUUACUAGGAGUUUCAGUGGAGCAGAAACGUGCACUUAGAUUCUCCGCA